AUGGCUGCCUCGACUUUGGGAAAGAGAUCCCGCCGUGCGGUGGCGUAUGACGACGAGUCUCCUUCCAAACGGCCUCGACGCUCGUGCGCCACCACUGUCGACUACAACGAUGAGAACGAGAACCCCGAGGACACCAUUGCUGCCGCCGCGCCCGUCCUUAUCAAGACAGAGAUUGACGACAUUACCAGCACAAGAAAACGCGCUGCCUCGCUCACCUCGGCCAGAAACCCUGUCACGCCGUCAACGCCGCGCCACCACGAUGUCCUGGCCGCGUAUCCCACGACGCCCCGGCACGCCGUCAUGUCGGCCGGCAAGCUCUUCAAGCGGCUGACGCCGCACUCGCCGCUGUCACCGAGCACCAUUCAGACCGUCUACCACUCGGCGCGGCAAUUAUUUGCGCGCGGAGCGGAGCCGGGCCAGCUGGUUGGUCGCGACGAGGAGCGUCGGCAGCUUACGGACUUUCUGGAGCGGUGCCAGUCGGACACGCCGAAUGGGUGCCUCUACGUCAGCGGCCCGCCUGGCACCGGCAAGAGCGCCAUGAUUACCGAGCUCAUCCAAGACUACGCGCAAAGGGACGGUGUCAGGUCGGCGUACAUUAAUUGCAUGAGCAUCAAGUCAUCCAAGGACCUCUACACGACACUGCUCGAGGGUAUGGGUCUGCAGGUAGAAGGUGUGACGGAAGCUGCUGCGGUGGAGGCUCUGCAAGACGCUUUCUAUCCCAAGGACGAGAAUGCCACGACGUAUCUCGUCACGCUUGAUGAAAUAGAUCACAUUCUCACCAUGGGCCUGGAGAGCUUGUAUCGCGUCUUUGAAUGGUCUCUCCACAAAUCGUCAAGGCUUCUCCUCGUCGGCAUUGCCAACGCACUGGAUCUCACGGACCGAUUUCUGCCUCGCCUCAAGUCCAAGAACCUGAAGCCAGAGCUUCUUCCGUUUCUUCCUUAUACCGCGAACCAGGUCAAGAACAUCAUCACCACGCGCCUCAAGUCUCUCAUGCCAGCGGGCAAGGACAACUACGUUCCGUUCAUCCAUCCCGCUGCCAUUGAACUGUGCUCCCGCAAGGUCUCGAGCCAGACGGGAGAUCUCCGCAAAGCGUUUGAGAUUUGCAGAAGAGCCUUGGAUCUGAUUGAAGGCGAGACGAGAUCCAAGCACGAGGAGGAGGCAAGAGAAGCUAUGCUUCAAAUGACACCGUCAAAGCGACCCCUGGGCGAGAAUAUCAACGGAGCCACCACGGGCGGGCGAAGCAUUGUGCAGUUCAUGGGCAAAUCUCUCAAGGCACUGACGGCUGAGACAGCUCCACGCGCUUCAAUUGCACAUCUGAACAGGGUAACGGCUGCAGCUUUCAGCAACGGCACCACACAGCGACUUAAGACUCUCAAUCUGCAACAAAAGGCGGCCUUGUGCGCUCUUGUCGCCUAUGAGAAUCACUUACGAUCAAAGAUCAAGAUUGGCACGCCCUUUACGCCCAGCAAGACGCAAUCUCUUGCACCGACCGUCAAGAAGCUGUUUGAUGCGUACUGCCGCCUGUGCACGCGCGACUCUGUGCUUCACCCGCUGUCGAGUUCCGAGUUUCGCGAAGUCAUGGGCAGCCUGGAGACGCUGGGCCUCGUCAACGCGGUCGAGGGCAAGAACGGGAGCUUCAUGACACCGCAGACGCCUAGCAAGCGUGGCCGCAAGGGCGUGUCGGCGAGCGGCGAUGACAAGCGAGUGGCAAGCUGUGUCACGGAAAAGGACAUGGAGGCGAUUGCGGAUGGUAUUGGCUCGGGAAUAUUGGCGAGCAUUCUGCAUGGAGAGGCGUUGGAUUAA